AUGUUGAGAGUGUCCCAAUUUUGGGGAUCUAUAAGCCCGUUUCGGAGCUGCCCGAGAAUUCUUCGAUAUGCCUCUACAGCUCCGAACGGUGCAGAAUUCUUGGCUGACAACGAGCGGCCAAUCGACACAAGUUUAUUGUUUCGAGAGAAAACAAAAUUUCAGCUAAAAAAAUACAAACCCAUCUCCCCUGGUCUACGACAUUUGCAGCGUCCCAUUACGGAGAAUUUAUGGAAGAAAGGUCCUUACCGUCCAUUGACAGAAGCCAAGCGCAAAACGGGAGGUAGAAACGAUAGCGGUCGAAUUACUGUGCGACACAUUGGCGGUGGACACAAGCAAAGAAUUCGACUUGUUGACUUCAAACGGGUUUCUCCUGGACCGUGUAAGGUAUUACGGAUUGAGUACGAUCCUGGUAGGAGUGGACAUAUCGCCUUGAUUGAAAGUUUGGACGAAGAAAAGCGGAAAAGUUACAUUUUAGCUUGUGAUGGCCUUCAAGCUGGUGACACCGUAGAAAGCUUCCGCAAUUUAAUGGCGCUGGAUAAGGACGGAAAGCUUCCGGUAUUGAAUUCUACUCUAGCUACUGAAUUAGAGGACGGAACGUUUGCUUCUCGUAACCUUAAACCAGGAAAUUGUUUUCCUUUGCGUCUAAUUCCAGUUGGUACUAUAAUUCACGCUAUUGGCGUUCAACCUGGCCAAAAAGCAAAGUUGUGCAGAUCUGCUGGUUCAAGUGCUCGACUCAUUGCGUUCAAUGACAAAAAGUAUGCAAUUGUGAGAUUACAAAGUGGUGAAGAACGGAGGAUUUUAGCCACUUCUUUUGCUACAAUUGGAACAGUCAGUAACAUUUACUGGCAACACAGACAACUAGGAAAGGCAGGACGUUCCCGUUGGCUUGGUAUCCGUCCUACGGUGCGUGGUACAGCCAUGAACGCUUGCGAUCACCCUCACGGAGGUGGUGGAGGUAAAAAUAUCGGUAACAAGCCAUCUCAAUCACCUACUGGUGUUUUGGCUAAGGGAGGCUACAAGACUCGUAAGGGCAAAAAUGUGAAUAAGCUUCUUGUUCGCAGCCGCCCUCGUGGUAAAGAUAAACGCUAG